CCAUUCCUCUCUGAAGAUCUUUGCUCUGCCUCCCUUUACUUUGCCUCACACCCCCUCUCUUUCUCUCUUUAGCUCACCUCUAGCUCUCUCUCUCAGCACUCACUCGCUCUCUUUUCAUUCUCAGGAUCCCUGCUGCUGUCAGAAUACUUUCUUGCUUCCAGACGCUUCAAGACAGCAGAAAGCAAAAGAGAGAAGCACUAAACUGACAGACAGCCGGGGCAUCAUGCAGGUUAUAAGAAUCCAGCUAGUGGUUUGUAUACAAUUUUUUGCUAUCUUUAUAUUAGGUACAGAAAGUCAGUGUCCUAGUCCAUGUCACUGUCACGGUGACCUGCAGCAUGUUAUCUGUGACAAUGUCGGCUUGAAGAAGAUCCCUCGCAUCACUGAAGCCACUCGCCUUGUCAACUUGCAGCGCAACAACCUGGGUAUGCUCCCAACCGGGGGCUUCAGCGAAAUGAAGGGUCUCGUCUCCCUGCACCUGCAGCAAUGCCAGAUCCGUGAGAUUGCCACUCAGGCCUUCAAGGGCCUCAAAAAGCUGAUAUACCUUUACCUUUCUAACAAUGAAAUCAGCACCAUAAAAUCUGGAGCCUUUGAUGACCUAACUGAGCUCACCUACCUUUACAUGGAUGGGAACCAAAUCUCAGGUCUUUCAAAGGGCAUUUUCUCACCCAUGAUAAACCUGUUUAUCCUACAGCUUGAUAACAACAAGAUCCAAGACCUGCAAUCAGGUACUUUUGCAGGCGCUAAGGACCUUCGCUGGCUGCAUAUCAGUAACAAUGAGCUAAGGUCAAUGCAGCCUGGCUCUCUUGAUGAUGUGGAGAACCUGGCCACUCUCACUCUGGACCGAAACAAGCUGUCUACAUAUCCCACUGAGGCCAUGAGCAAACUACGUGUUGUUGAGGAGCUUAAUUUGUCCAAGAACCCACUCACAUUCAUUCCUGAUUAUGCAUUCAGGAGCUUUGGACGCUAUAUUGAGAAACUGCAUCUUAAUGAUAUGAGCCUGGAGAAGUUUUCCAACGCGGCUUUUGAGGGUGUGACAGCACUAAGGACUUUGCAUCUUCAUAACAACAAGCUGAAGGUGCUACCAAGCAACCUGGUUUUCACCAAAAUGCAGAACCUCACUCUGUUCAACAACCCAUGGAGCUGCAACUGCCAUUUAGCCAACCUUAGAAAAUGGAUGGACACCAGUCGUCACCGUCCUGAUGCAAUUUGUGCAUCACCUCCGAAUCAGAAAGGAAAGCAAAUCCGAGACAGCACCGCCUUUAGCAAGUGCAAAAUGAAGAGAUCCAAGAAGGGAGCACGUCACUGAAAAGGAGACUCACUGGAGACAUAUGUCCAGGGGACCGGCACCAGGUCCAGACAACAGACGCAAUGUUACUUUCUACUUCGGGGCUGUUCAUUUUCUUUCAAGUUCUAUGAAAUGGCACGCAUAUGAACAUUCAAUUUAUAAAAAAUAAUAUGAGAAGAAAAACCAUGAGUUUGCAGGGAAAACAGACUACACUACAAUUUUAAAACCCAGAGAGCUGUACACAUGCUCUGACCCUAAUCUAAACAUUCUGAGGAUUUUAGAUGUGGCUUCCUGAUUAGCAUUUUCAUUAAAAAUAAUUGUGCUAACAUUUAUAGUUCUGUGACACAAUAACAGAGCUAGGAUUUCUUCUCUUAUCUAUCCUCUCUUAUAAUUCCCUGCAGUCCUCAUUCACGGACAUCACAUUGUGUGUCUAUCCUCAUACGACGAGCAAUGGAUAUUACUCUUUUGUCAAAUCUCUUUCUGUUUCAAUAGUUCAACAGUUAUCAGGUGUUAAUAAACAGAAACAGUGAUAAGAAAUAAUAAGGCAAGACAGACCAAGUCUUCCUAAUAAUAUGGAGUGUGAAAGUGUGAAAGCCAUCAGAACAGUUUGUUCUGGUGCAAAACAUCUCAAUGUCAAAAAAAGAAAGAAAAACUGCUUGAAUUACUUACAGAAGUACCUUUUACAAUAUGUUAUAUUUAGAACCCUUUCAGUCUGGGAUUGGUAUAAAAGUUUGAAUCGUAAUCGUAUGUUACUGCUUGAAUGACCCAUAAAACUACACAAAGAUGUACAGUACAAAAUCCAAAGUACAUACAGAAAGUAACCAAGUCAUGGAUAACAAACUUAAGCACUUUUCUCCAUCAUUUCUUAAAUUGUACCAUGUGCUGCUGGUUUUUAGUGCAUUUCCAUUCCAAUAAAAAUGUGCAUGCUUAAGCUACCAACAGGACAUUGAAACAUAGAAGGGAUAUUUGGAAAAUUUGAUUUAUUUUUAUUUUUUUUUGCCACAGCUGCAUGCCACACUAUUACGUACAAUCGCAGAAUAUUCAAUUUCUUAAACUUGUAAACUUGGUGUAAUAAGCGAUAAUCACUUUUUCAAUAAAUAUCCAUUAUCUAAAAAACA